GGAGGAGUAGUAGGUGAGAAAAUGGUGCGUGGUUUGUCCCAGUGGACGAAGACCCUGAGCUUCCCAGCCAGAGUGUCACCUCAAAGACCUGCCAAGGAAUCAAAAGGUUUUCAAGUCAGCCCUAGUGCAAGUCCUACCUCACCACCUAGUCCUAUCAACGAUACCAUGGACAAGACACCGAUUAUUACCGAUGAGAAUUUCCACGACUUGGAAGCUGAGAAGGCAAUAAUGGGAUCCAUUGUUUACUGCAUACAUCACAAAGAUGGUUGCAAAUGGUCGGAUGAAUUAAGAAAAUUAAAGGCUCAUUUGAAUACCUGCAAACACGAUGCGGUUCCUUGCAGUAAUAAAUGUGGUGCUAUGAUACCGCGCGUAUUAAUGGAGGACCAUUUGAAAUAUACUUGCGCCCAACGGAGGGCUCGUUGCGAUUUUUGUGCCAAAGAAUUUACCGGCCACACCCUUGAGAAACACACAGGUACCUGCGGAUACGAACCGUUGUACUGUGAGAACAAAUGUGGAAUGAAAGUUCAAAGAAGACACUUAGGCCAACACAAGUUGGGUGAAUGCGCCAAGCGACUGGUCGCUUGUCGUUAUUGCAACAAGGAAUUCGUUUUUGACACGCUCGGUGCUCACCACGCGAAAUGUGGCCGUUUCCCAGUAGCGUGUCCUCAUCGUUGCGAGACCGCAGUUUUGCCAAGAGAAGAUCUUGAAGUUCAUCUUAAAGAUCAUUGCACGACUCAUUUACUAUCGUGCACGUUUAAAGAUGCCGGCUGUCGGUUUAAGGGCAACAGAUUUUCUUUGGAUAAACAUUUAGAGGAGUCAGCGAAAAUGCAUCUCAGUUUAAUGUGCAGUGUGGUAACGAAGCAACAGCAUCAAAUAACGAGUCUAAAAUCUGCUAUAAGUAAACUUUCGUUAAAUUAUACUGGCACUCUUAUAUGGAAAAUCACGGAUUAUACAGCAAAGAUGUCUGAAGCAAGGGCCAAGGAAGGAAUGGAACUUGUCAGUCCACCCUUUUACACUAGUCAAUACGGAUACAAGCUGCAGGCUUCGGUUUUCUUAAAUGGAAACGGAACCGGUGAAGGAAGCCACAUUUCUAUAUACAUCAAAAUUCUACCUGGUGAAUACGAUGCAUUGUUACGAUGGCCAUUUUCUCACAGCGUGUCUUUCACUAUGUUCGAUCAAACGGUCGUAGCAGAGAAAGCUUGCAACAUCGUUGAAAGUUUUAUACCAGAUCCAACUUGGAAAAAUUUUCAAAGGCCCAGUCGUGAGCCAGAUUCUCUUGGUUUUGGAUUUCCACGAUUUGUCUCGCACGAAAUGGUUAAAAAACGACAUUUCGUAAAGGACGACACAAUGUUCAUUCGGGUUAAAGUAGAUCCUAGUAAAAUUGUUGCUGUUUAAGGAUAUCAAACAAAAUUCGAAAGUAUAAGAUCGAAGAAAAGAUCUUUUAAUUACGAUGAAAUCGUUUUCUUUUUUAUAAUACAUAAUGUGCUCGGAUAUCGCAUAUGUGUGGUUUACAAGAAAAAAAAAAAAAGAUCUUAAAUAUCGUUAUAUUCGUUCGUUGAUAAAUGAUGAAAUGUUUUAAGAAAUCGGAACGAUAUUCGUACGAGAGAGAUUUCACGAAUAAUAUUUGUUGAUUCGUUUCAAUCCUUAUAUUUUGUGAUAAUGGUACUUCAGAUAGAAAAUAUGGUACUUAUGGCAGAGACUGCUAAACAACUUAUUGGUUUGCCUUAGAAUUAUUAUGUUAUAGAAUAUGGUUGCGAUUUUUUUUUAUAAAUAUAUUUUAUAAAUCAACACAAAAACACACACACACACACACGUACGUACUUACAAUUAAUAUUAUUAUCAGUAAUUGCAAAUUGAGAUACAUUUUUGAUUCGAAAUCUUUUUUUUUUAUACGUCAACUAUAUUUAUAGCAUUAAUAAUUUAUUGAUAUUACGAAGAGUGCUUUACUUAUGCUGCCUAUUAUUUUGAUUAAUCAUACACCACCAUUUUUAUACUCCAUAUUUAUAUCUACAUAUAAUUGACAGAAAAUUAUUUAGUACGAUUUAUAUGAGCACAGCUCUUCUCCAGAUACAACGAAUUUUGAAUUACAAUAUACGUCGCGAUUUUGCCACCAAAUAUUAGUAAGUUACAAUUUUUAUAUACAAUACGAUAUUAAGAAGAAUUACGCUCCUGUUACUUCGUGUUUUAUAUAUGUAUAUACAUAUAAAACAUUUAUAUAUGUAUAUACAUAUAUAUACAUGCAUAUAUGUUAAGAUUUCGUUUGAAAUUAUUUCUAAUAUUUAACGAAUUUGAUAUAUUUCAUACUUGUUUAUUAAUAGUAAGUUGACUAAUUAAUGAAUAUUAGUUUUCUUAUUUGAAAAGUUUACAUUUCGAUUAUAUAUUACAAGUGGCCUUGAAAUCUACAAUUUACAUACAUAUAAGUAUUUAUCUUUAAGACAUCAAAUCAAAGAUGAUUAAGGGACUGUAUACUAUAAGUUUAAAAGAAUGUAAAUAAUGUGAGAAACCGUAGAAGAUAAAUGAUAAAGUAACAAGGUUGGAAGAGGUUUACCACUGUAAAUAUGCAUUUAAUAAUGAUAGUGAUAAUGAUAACUUGUGAUUGAGAUGCUAGUGACUGUAUGAUGUACUGAGAUAAAGUAAAUUAAGUAAUAAAACUAUUACGUAACAUUCGUAUGUGGACAAAAAAAAAAUAUAUAUCUAAAUA